CCCUGGCGUGGCUGGGGAUGGUGGAGACCGUGCUGUGCUGGGUGGGUGGGUCUAUCGCUGCCUUGAUUAAAGCUGCUGCAACUGGUCAGUGUGACGUGCCGGCUGGUUUCUGCUCCCCGGGGCCGGGGCUUGGGCCCUGCCGGGACCCAUUGGGGGGCAAGAUCCAGGGGUGGGAGAAAGCCCCUGCGUCUGGGGGCUGGGACUCUGCUCCCCUUCAUCCUGAGCCCUUGCAGCCUGGGGCAGGGCCUGUCUUAGCCGUAAGCGAGGUGCUGGCAGGUGAAUGGAAGCAGGAUUUGGGUGGCCCGGCCCCAAGGGCAUCCUCCCUGGAGGUGGGCAUCCCCUCCCGGCCUCGCUUCCCGGGGUCAGGCUUUCCCAUGCCCCCGCCAGCCCUGGGGCUCCUGCGCGCGGCCCACUUGCUCCGAGUGCUGGAGAAGGCAGGCGGUGCCUGGAGCCGCAGGCCCGUGACGUCGCCGGCAGCUGGGGGCUGCAUCCGGCCAUCCACCCAUCCAUGCCCAGGCACCGCCUCGUGCAAACUGCUGAUGAGGAGACAAAGUCCAGCCCAGCAGCCGCAGCCGCAGCCCCUGCCUGGUGCAGAGAUGGCAGCCGGGCUCGGCCGGAGGCUGGGCACGGCCCGCACCGCCUUAGGGCUGCCGAGCCAGCGCCUGGCGCAUCCCGGGGCCCGGGCCCAGCUGCAGCCAGAGUACGACGCCGUGGUGAUCGGCGCAGGGCACAACGGGCUGGUUGCUGCCGCCUACCUGCAGAAGUCGGGGGUGCGGACGGCCGUGCUGGAGCGACGCCACGUGCUGGGGGGUGCCGCAGUCACGGAGGAGAUCAUCCCAGGCUUCAAGUUCUCCCGAGCCUCCUACCUGCUCAGCCUGCUGCGCCCGCAGAUCUACAAGGACCUGGAGCUGCAGAGGCACGGCUUGAGGCUGCACCCCCGCGACCCCUACUCCUUCACCCCCGUGCUGGAGGCCCGGACCCCCCCGCGCUCACUCCUGCUGGGGCACGACGUGGCGGAGACUCAGCGCCAAAUCGCCCGGUUCUCCCCCCGGGACGCCGAGGUAGGGGAGCACCGUGGCGGGGACCCCCCGGGGCCGGGGCUGGUGCUGGGAAAGCAGCUGCCCCAGUCCUACCAGGUGCUCACGGCCCCCAUUUCCAAGGUCCUGGACCAGUGGUUCGAGUCUGAGCCUUUGAAGGCAACACUGGCGACCGAUGCGGUGAUCGGAGCUAUGGCCAGUCCACACACACCGGGCAGUGGGUACGUGCUGCUGCACCAUGUGAUGGGCGAGCUGCAGGGGCAGCAGGGUGCCUGGGCCUACGUGGCCGGCGGCAUGGGAGCGCUGUCCCAGGCCAUCGCCUGUGCGGCCGCUGCCCACGGUGCACACAUCUUCACCGAGAAGCCCGUGGCCCGCGUGCUGGUGGGAACCAAUGGAGCGGCAUGCGGUGUGGCACUGGGGGACGGGACAGAGCUGCGGACCCGCCUGGUGCUAUCCAACGCCUCCCCGCAGCACACCUUCCUGCAGCUCGUGCCCCAGGAGCAGCUGCCGGCGGCAUUCGUCCGGCAGGUCGCCCAGCUGGACACGCGCUCCCCCGUCACCAAGAUCAACGGUAGGCGGCUGUCGGGGGGGCUCGAGGCUGCGGCCAGGGUCUGCACCGCUCUCCCUGCUCCGGCCGCUGGCGUCUCCGUCUCACCAGCCCCUGACGCCCGCAGUGGCCGGGGGCCCGCUUUGAGGACGCCGGCCAGGGGCAGCCCGCCGCCCGGUAGGACUGGGGGCUGGAGCUGCCGGUGCCCAGGGCUGGUCCCAGGCCUGAGGGCAGGGGAACGGCAGGGAGGGGAGGAGGUGGCUGGGGGGCUUGGCCGUGGGGGCCAGCACUGCUGCACCGCUCUCUCCUGCACCCGCCCCCUGAUCGAGCUCUGCAUCCCGUCGGCGCUGGACCCCUCGCUGGCCCCCCCGGGCUGCCACGUGGUGUCUCUCUUCACCCAGUACACGCCGUACACGUUGGCCGGCGGCCGGCCCUGGGGCGAGCAGGAGCGCGAGGCCUACGCCGACAGGGUGUUCAACUGCGUUGAGGAUUACGCCCCCGGCUUCAAGGCGUCCGUUGUCGGCAGGGACGUGCUGACACCGGCGGACCUGGAGAGGGUCUUUGGGCUGCCCGGAGGGAACAUCUUCCAUGGAGGGAUGUCUCUGGACCAGCUGUACUUUGCCCGCCCGGUGCCGUCCUACGCGGGCUACAGGUCCCCCAUCCCCGGCCUGUACCUCUGCGGCAGUGGAGCUCACCCCGGUACACGGCCGGGCCCCGAGGGCUGGGGGGCCCUGGGUGCAAGGCUCUGGGCGGGCUGUGGCCUGGCCCUGCCCUGCUCCUGCAUGGGGCGGGCUCUGGGCCACCUUGGCCUGGCACUCCCCCGUCACCGGGUGCAGGAAGCCACGUGCCCGGGGCCCUGCGACAUUGCAGCCCGGGGCCGUCGGCUGGGCCUGGCUUGUCGCAGGGGCUCUGCACUGCCCGGAGCUGCGGCGUGCCUCGGCGCAGGCAGCCCUGCCCGCCUCACCCCCUGUGAUGGGAGCCGCGGGCCGCAACGCCGCCAGCGUGGCCCUGGAGGACUUCAAGCAGAAGUGACCACGACCCCCGGGCCGUGUCCUGGCCAUGCCCAGGGCAGCGCUGCUACCAGGCCCCUGCCCGUCCACGCCAGGGUGGCCUAG